GUCUUUGAUGGGAUCCAGCUGUUGGCCAAGUGCUCUGGGGGCCCGUUUAUUUGCAUUGCUAAACAAUCCGUGGAGUGGGCCGAGUAAGGAGAAACAGCAAGUUUUCUCUUUUUUAGAUAGCAAGACCCUCCUCUUACUAUUGGUCAAUGUUCUCACACGGUCCUGCCAUCGGUCGACAGGGCGGCCGCAUCGGGUGACCAAAGCCAAGUGUCUCGACAUUCAAGUGAACGCGCGUACGCGGAGGGGGCGCUUUGAGCACUGCGUUUUGCGCUUUGGGCAUUUAUCAACUCUUUUCCUAUUCCGAGGAGUUUACGGGUUGGCGGUGUGACAAUCUUUCCAAGGGAAACACAAGGAUCCACAUAAACAUGUCAUUUGAACUACGUGGCUUGAGUUGGUCGACCAACAAAAGAAUGUUGUCAGUUUUAAUAUGUGUCAUAUGCUGCAUUCACUCUGGGAAAAGUCAGACUUGCACAGAAGGAUUUACUUAUGAACACCGGGCCAGACAGUGUAUCGACAUUGAUGAGUGCCGGACACUACCAGACCCAUGUCGAGGUGACAUGCGGUGCGUAAAUCAGAACGGUGGAUACCUGUGCAUCCCCCGCGGACUCUACUCCCAAUCCUAUGCCCGGAACAGUCCACGCUCCUACCCUGAGCCUUCCUAUCCCGAAGAGUCCUACCCUGACAGAUCUUUAGGAUAUUCUGAACCAUUCAUUCCUAACGUUCCUCCUGUCGGAGCAGGUCCUGGUCCAGGCCCUGGUCCGAGCUACCCAAUAGUGAGCCGGUCCACUCCCUGCAUCCUUGGAUAUACACUUGGUGCUGAUGGAACUUGUGUUGAUGUUGAUGAAUGUGAGACACAGUCACACCAAUGUAACCCAACUCAGGUGUGUAUAAAUACAGCUGGUGGAUAUACCUGCUCAUGUACUGAGGGCUACUGGCUGGUGGGUGGACAGUGCCAAGACAUUGAUGAGUGUCGCUAUGGUUACUGCCAGCAGCUGUGCGCUAACGUCCCUGGCUCAUAUUCCUGCUCCUGUAGCCCUGGAUUCCUUCUUAAUGCAGAUAGCAGGACAUGCCAAGAUGUGGACGAGUGUGCGACAAACCCAUGCUCUCACGGCUGUUUGAACACAUACGGCUCAUUCAUGUGUACCUGUGACGAGGGCUUCGAGCUCGCCGCUGAUGGGACCACCUGCAAUGAUCUGGAUGAGUGCAGUUUCUCAGACUUCCUUUGUCAGUACACGUGUGUGAACACACCAGGAUCAUUCUCCUGUGUGUGUCCGCCUGGAUAUUACGUGUAUGAAGAUGGAAGGAGCUGUGAAGACCUCAAUGAAUGUGAGUCUGGUAACAACACCUGUACAACAGCACAAGUGUGUUUCAAUUUCCAGGGAGGUUACACUUGUCUGAACCCUCUUAGAUGUGAUCCACCUUACAUAGAGCUCAAUGACAAUCAGUGCAUGUGUUCUGCGGAGAAUCCGGCGUGUCGGGAAAGACCCUUUACUGUCCUGUACAGGCAUAUGGAUUUGUCUUCUGGCCGCAGUGUUCCUGCCGAUAUAUUUCAAAUGCAGGCCACCACGCGUUACCCUGGAGCAUUUUACAUCUUUCAGAUCAAGUCUGGCAACGAGGGGCGAGAGUUUUACAUGCGGCAAACCAGUAAUAUCAGUGCAACUUUGGUUCUGGCUCGGCCCAUUAGAGGACCAAAGACCAUCGUUCUAGAUCUAGAGAUGGUUACCGUUAACAACGUCAUCAACUUCCGAGGCAGUUCAGUCAUCCGCCUCACAAUAUUUGUCUCUGAACAUCCAUUCUGAGGCUUUACAAAUGAACCUCUGACCUCUCACCUCUUCAUGGCCCCAUACCUCUAUCUUGGACUUCCUGUUACUGCACUACCCUUCAGGCAGCUGCAUUUCUUCAUUUUGUUUGUUCUGUGGAUCUGGACUCUCAUGUGGUCAUCACCCUCUCUAUCUGCUCUCUAGUGGGCAGAGCUUGUGCUAAUGUUGAUAUUUCAUAAUAAAGAUUUUUGAUUAGGCUGCCUGGCUGUCAUUGUCAUCUGCAGUCACACGCAUGUGCCCAUACAAAGAAGAAUAUUUAUGUUGUGUUUUAUCUUGUUUGUUUUACAUUUCCCAUUGUGAUUUUUCUUGCCACAAUUGCAGAUCCUGAAGUGUUUUUUUUUUUUUUUUUUUUUUUUGUGAAGCUGGAUUUGGUUUUCUACUUUUGUGGCACCUGUGUCACAUGUUCUCACUGUGAAUGUGAGUAUUAGAGCUCCGCUUUCAUUCGUUCUUGACCUUUUAUGACCCCAAGCAGUGAUAGAGCUCCCAGGCUUGCUCCUGCUCUUGACAGGAGUCUGCAACGCACCUUCAGCACCCGUUUCCCAGGGAAGACUCAAAAAAAGUCUUUGUUUUGAUUCAGAAUUUUUUAUUGCAUCUGUGCAGAAUUUCCUCUGUGUAUAGAGAGCCUGGUCAAUCAAUAAACACACAUUUGAUGACCUGAA